AGUGGGUUAAGAACAGCAAGCUAGAGGAGGUAAUAGAGUAUAAAUUUCAAAAAUGAAAUUUCUUGUCAGGAGGCUGUUGUAUAUUCUCUUUGCCAUGUCCUGUUGCAGUGUGCUGCUUUGGCACUACUUUUACCACAGGGAUGCAGAUACCAGUGAUCAACACACCAUUAAACUAAACGCUGCAAAAAGCAAGGACAUUGCCAGUAUUAACAAGAUGUUAACAAAUUAUUCCUCCAAAUGGAUCAAGCAGGAACAGAACAUUAAAACCUACAGGUCAUUGCUAGGCAAAAGUUGCAAUGCCAUUUCCAAUGCACUGGUUACACAGGACAACUCACCUGAGGGAUCAAUUAUUUCCUAUGAUGCAAGUAAAAAAAAACAGUUGGUGACACCAAGCCUGUUUAAAGUAUUUCCCAAGACAAGCCCCUUUAAAACAGCACCUUGGGAUUCUUGUGCUGUAGUUGGCAAUGGAGGUGUCUUAGCCAACAGCAGCUGUGGAAAACAAAUCGACUCUUCCACGUUUGUCAUCAGAUGUAAUCUUCCUCCACUGACCAAUGGAUAUGAGAGAGAUACAGGAAGCAAAACAAACCUUGUUACAGCCAAUCCCAGCAUCCUUUUUCGAAAGUAUCGUUCACUAAAGAAGAAUCGCCAGUCAUUUGUGAAGGAUUUGCAGUUGUAUGGGGAUGCCCUAGUCCUACUGCCAGCGUUCUCACUUGUACGGAACACUGGUGUGUCCCUGCGUGCCCUCCACUCACUGCAGGACCUAAACAAGAGUGGUCCUCGUGCUGUCUUUUUUAACCCAAGGUACCUUACAAACCUGAAAAACUUUUGGCGUGGCAAAGGAAUUCGCUCAUUUCGCCUCAGCACUGGUGCCAUGAUGGCCAGCAUGGCCCUGGAGCUCUGCAACAAUGUUCACCUGUAUGGCUUCUGGCCUUUUGGAACACACCCAUACACCAACAAGAGGCUGACCAACCACUAUUACGAUAACCAACCAGUAAACAAAAGAGUGCAUGCAAUGCCAUCUGAGUUUCGAGCCUUGUUGAAUCUCCAUAACUUGGGUGUAAUCCAUCUGCACCUAGGGGAAUGCACAAAAUAAGAUAUCAACUGCAUUUAAU